GCCCCCGGUGCCCCCGUCCGUCCGUCCGUCCGUCCCGCGGAGCCGGUGGGCGGUUUGGUGACUUCCGGUGAGGCCGGGACCCCGGGCCGAGGACUGGACGGGAACGGGAGAGGGCGAGGCCCCGAGCCCAGGAGGCCGCACGGCGUGGGGAGAGAUCUGGUCAGGAAAUUUCCUCCACCGCCGCAUCUGGCCUUUGCCGCCAUGUUUGCCGACUUGGAUUAUGACAUCGAGGAGGACAAGCUAGGGAUCCCGACUGUGCCCGGAACGGUGACCCUACGGAAGGACCCACAGAACCUGAUUGGGAUCAGCAUUGGGGGAGGGGCGCAGUACUGCCCCUGUCUCUAUAUCGUCCAGGUGUUCGACAACACGCCGGCGGCCCUGGAUGGGACCGUGGCGGCUGGCGACGAGAUCACCGGCGUGAAUGGCAAGUCGGUCAAAGGCAAAACCAAAGUGGAAGUGGCCAAGAUGAUCCAGGUGGUGAAGGGAGAAGUGACGAUCCACUACAACAAGCUGCAGGCCGACCCCAAGCAGGGCAAGUCACUGGACAUUGUGCUGAAGAAGGUGAAGCACCGGCUGGUGGAGAACAUGAGUUCGGGGACCGCAGAUGCCCUGGGCCUGAGCCGUGCCAUCCUCUGCAAUGACGGUCUGGUGAAGAGGCUGGAGGAGCUGGAGCGGACGGCGGAGCUGUACAAAGGCAUGACCGAGCACACCAAGAGCCUGCUGCGGGCUUUCUUCGAGCUGUCCCAGACCCACCGAGCCUUCGGGGACGUGUUCUCCGUGAUCGGGGUGCGGGAGCCCCAGCCCGCCGCCAGCGAGGCCUUCGUCAAGUUUGCCGACGCUCACCGCAACAUCGAGAAGUUUGGGAUUCGGCUGCUGAAAACCAUCAAGCCCAUGCUGACCGACCUGAACACCUACCUGAAUAAAGCCAUCCCCGACACCCGCCUCACCAUCAAGAAGUACUUGGAUGUCAAGUUCGAGUACCUAUCCUACUGCCUGAAGGUGAAGGAGAUGGACGAUGAGGAAUACAGCUGCAUCGCCCUGGGCGAGCCCCUGUACCGGGUCAGCACCGGCAACUACGAGUACCGGCUCAUCCUGCGCUGUCGCCAGGAGGCACGCACGCGGUUCGCCAAGAUGCGGAAGGACGUGCUGGAGAAGAUCGAGCUGCUGGACCAGAAACACGUGCAGGACAUAGUCUUCCAGCUGCAACGCUUCGUGUCCACCAUGUCCAAGUACUACGACGACUGCUACGCGGUGCUGCGCGACGCCGACGUGUUCCCCAUCGAGGUGGACCUGGCCCGCACCACGCUGAGCUACGGCCGCAAGGACACGUUCACCGACGGGGCGGACGAGGACGAGGUCGAGGUCGAGGACGAGGAGAGGAGGAGGGCGGCGGCGGGGGAGGCGGCCGGGGGCAGCGGUCGCCCGCGGGACGAGGACGGCCAGAAGCUGAUCGACGACGCCUGAACGGGGUCUGCGGGCGGGGGUCGGGGAGGGUCCGGGGGCGGGGCCGCCCGGGGACACGCCGCCGACAGAGACGGAUCAUAAAGUGGCUCUGGUGCGGCGGCCUCUUCUCUCCUCCUGUCUCUGAGGCCGUGGCCCCCGGACCUUGAUCUGGGUGUCGCCCCCGCUCCGCUCCCCGCCCCCUCCGAUCCCACCACCUCCCCCGGAGAGUACUGGCCAGCGGCCGUCCCGGUGUCCUGGUGUCCUGGUCCCGGUGGAGGGACGUCCCCGUGGCCCCCGCCUCAAACACCCCCACCCCUCAGCCCCUUCUCCGACAGCCCAGAGGCCGGCCCGCACCCAGAGAAGGUUGGAGGGGGAUGGGGUCAGAGGCGGGGGGGCGGGACCAGCCCUGGACCAAAGCUGCGGGCGGCUCCUCCCUGGCAGCUGGCUCCGCUGCAGGGCUGGAGCUCGUGGUGGCCAAGUUAGGGUUGAGCUUCCCGUGUCGGUCAAGAGUCCUCCGGCUGUGCGGAGUCGGGACCGUGGGAGCGGCACGGGGUUGGGGGAAACACAGGGGAGGGAAAGUCUGUACUUUGAUAAAGACGAACCUGGAUCGUGA